ACUCCAAUUCCAAAUCCCGCCACGAAAAGCUUUUAGAAUUUCUAAAAUUCUCUCUCUCUCUCGCUAGAAUUUCUCAAAUUCUCUCUCGCUCAAGAUGAAUUUCAAAAUGCAGAUUCUCGCUCGUCGUUUGAAGCUGAAGCUUCGAGCAAAAAAGGCUGUUGCUGCUCGCAAACUUGAAGAACAGGUUCCGAUACAGCUCGCUGAUGGAGAAGAAGCUGGUGAUGAGGAUACUUCAUCUGAAGCCAGCGAGAAUUAUGCUCAAGAUGAGGAAGAAGUCUUGGUGGUUCCGGCUGAAGAAACUGGUGAUGACGACGGUGAAAAUUAUGCUGAAGAUGGUGAUGAAGCCUUGGUGGUUCCGGUUGAAGAUCAUGAUGAAGUCUUGGUGGUUCCAGUUGAUGAUCAUGAUGAAGAGAUGCAACACCAGAGAGAGGUGAGGAAUAGGAUCAGAACCAUCAACACAAUUGGGAGGAAAGAUAUACAGCAAACUCUGAUCCGAAAGACCAACCGCAUCAAAGUCCUCCAAGCUUCUAUCGAACUCAACACCGGAGGUGGCGGGAGCUGUUCCGUCGGCCAGAUUGAGCAUUGGAACCGAGAGCUCAUUUCAUGUCAGAGAAAGGUUCAGAAUCUUAAGCAUGAAAUGAACCUCUAAUUUGAAAAGGGUUCUUUGUGUCAUAAACUGAGAGUUCUUUUGUUUUAACUUGGGGAACAAUAUUUUGAAAUCCCAAAGUUCACGUGCAAUUGUAUUCAUUGCCACUUGAAUAUUUUUUUUGUUUUUUUAUUAAUCGGAGGAGAAUCAGUCACGUUCACCGAA